CUACUGCCCCAGAGCACUGGCAAUAUCCCAAUGACAGCCUGGCACAUGGUGUAAGAAUGAACGAGGAAUAGGGGAAGCCGACAUACCAGCAAAAUGCCGACCAACCACACCGACUAAUCCAUUUCACAUCAGCAGAAUGCCACCAAGUCCUAGACCUCUCUCAUCGCAGAGCACAGCGUCAACGCCGUCGCUGGUAGCCAAGGCUGCGAGCCCCCUCUCCUCAAAGGUCAACAUCGUGCUCUCGUCAUCCUUUGCAGACACGGAGUUCAGGGAAGCCCUUGCCCUUCUAGACGAGCGUGGCAUUCAAAACACGGAAGAAACGCGGCGCCAACUACGUCUUGAUCUGCAGAAAGAGGUUAUAGACAGCAAUGGCGAGAUUAUUGACGAGUUUGCGAAAGUCGCCGAGCAACUCCGCCGUAUCGGCAUUACCAUUGGGAGGCUCAAUGAUAACUUCAAUGAAAUAAAGACACAGAUCGGUUCAGCUCACAAGGCAACUUCGACUGCACUGGCAGAGUCUUCCCAGCUCAUGGCCCAACGACGCCGCGUCGAGCAGAAACAAGCUUUGCUUGCCGCUCUCAAUGCCAAUUUUGUGCUCUCCGCGGACGAGACAGCGGCAUUAACGCUGACCUCGGAGCCCGUCAACGACCUCUUUUUUGCUACCCUUGCCAAAGCAAAGAAGCUGAGCAAAGACUGCGAAAUCCUUCUUGGUUUUGAGAACCAGACUUUGGGUCUUGAAAUCAUGGAGCAGACGUCCAAGCACAUCAACCUGGGUUUCCAAAAGCUCUACAAGUGGGUUCAGAGGGAAUUUAAAACUAUUGACCUGGAGAACCCUCAGAUCGGCUCGCCUAUCCGCCACGCGCUCCGCGUGUUGGCCGAGCGCCCCAGCUUGUUUCAGAGCUGCCUCGACCAUUUUGCUGAAGCUCGGGAGCAUGUGCUAUCUAACUCCUUCCAAACCGCCCUAACGGGACGAUCGCUCUCCGGGGUCGAAGACCGGUCGGUCAAGCCCAUCGAGCUCGUUGCUCACGACACCCUGAGGUACGUCGGUGAUAUGCUUGCCUGGGCUCAUUCAGCCGCCGUUGGCGAGAGGGAAGCUCUUGAGGGCUUGUUUAUUGGCGAGGGCGAUGAGAUUGCCAAAGGCAUCCAGGCCGGUCGAGACAGUGAGAUCUGGAGGCUAGUUGCCGAUGACGGUGGGGAGUCGGAUGAAUUCGACGCUGUGAAGACCUUGAACGAGCUAGUUGACCGGGACAUGUCGGGCGCGGCACGCUUACUCCGACAGCGAGUCGAGCAAGUGAUUCAAACCAACGAGGAGACAAUACUGGCCUACAAGCUUGCAAACCUCCUCAAUUUCUACAAAAACACGUUUUCGCGGCUGCUUAGUCCAGAGUCAGCCCUGGUGGAAUUGCUGACUGCGCUCGAAGCUGAGGCGCUGCGGCAGUUCCGUUCAUUAGCCCGGGACCAUGUCGCGGCGAUCCAGGGUGAAUUCCAGCACACGCCUGCCGACUUGCGCCCUCCGGGAUUUCUGUUGGACGCCCUGGAACAGUUGACGGCCAUCAUGAAGACAUACGAGACGUCCUUCACUUCCUCGAGUAAUCGAGAACAAGAGUUCGAGCCCGUGCUGGUCGAGGCGCUCGACCCUUUCGUCUUCGGGUCGGCCAACAUGGCAAAGUCACUGCGCGCUCCUUCGGAUUCUAUCUUUCUUCUCAACUGUCUGUUGACUACCCAAAGAAGCCUUUCCCCGUUUGACUUUACUCAGCGCCGCGUCGCCCAGCUUCAAUCACAAAUCGAGGAGGAAAGAACCCGCUUGGUUCAGGUACAACACCACUCUUUUCGGAUGGAGUCCGGCUUGAGCGCCUUGAUCGCUCAGCUAGGCCCGCUUGGGGAUCGCAAGGAGGACGUGGAAAAGGUCGCAUCACUCGAGGCUGUCCAACCGCCCGCGUUGUCGCAGGCUAGCCAAAUGCUAGAUGACUUCCUGCCGUUGGCACUAAUGGAUGCGGUGGAAAAGUUAAAGAAUCUCCAGGAUUCGAGAUUAGCCCGGGGCAUUGUCGAGGAGGCGGCUGAAAGAUUCUGUGUCGACUUUGAGCAUGUAGAAGAAAUGCUCAUGCUGGCGGACGAGAUGGCCGAACAGAAUCAGUGCGAGCGCGACGACUUCCAGAGUCUACGAGCCCUCUUCCCCCGAACAUCUGGCGAAAUACGGGUUCUGCUGUCAUAAGAACCCAAAACACUAGAUAGAGCGAUUGCAAUACAGUCCCUUAUUCACUGCUCCCAUCCUUCUGAAUCGAAUACCGCAGGAUGCGUUCCAAGAUCG